CGAUGAAAAUAGGAAAGGUGGUCCUGUCGGUGCCACACUGAGCGUUGCCACAGCUCCCGUCUGGGGCCAUGAGAGAGCACAGACGCCUCCACAGUCCUCUCGCUCCCACGCCAGAACGCCAGGAAACCCAGGAAAGACCGGCAGAGACCAGUGCCAACGUGGAUGACUCGGCACCCCCCUCGGUGGCCCAGCUGGCUGGGCGGUUUAGGGAGCAGGCAGCCGCUGCAAAGGAGACACCAGCCUGUAAGCCAACAAGAAGGAAACCACCCUGCUCCCUCCCCCUGUUCCCCCCCAAGGUAGAGCUGGGCCAGAACGGUGAGGAGAAAUCACCGCCCAAUGCAAGCCACCCUCCUAAAAUCAAGGUGAAGAGUUCGCCUCUGAUUGAGAAGCUUCAGGCCAACUUAGCUUUCGAUCCAGCAGCCCUGCUGCCUGGCGCCUCACCCAAGAGUCCUGGACUCAAGGCCGCGGUAUCGCCAUUCCAGAGCCCGCCGUCCACCCCCAGCAGCCCUGGUGUGCGGUGUCAGGCUGGCGAGCUGGAGGAGGUGCCGGUCAGCUUUGACCAGCCUCCGGAGGGCAGCCAUCUGCCCUGCUACAAUAAGGUGCGGACGAGGGGCUCGAUAAAAAGGCGCCCUCCCUCCAGGCGAUUUCGAAGGUCUCAGUCAGACUGUGGGGACCUGGGAGGUUUCAGGGCCCCCGAGUCAUCCCAGGAGAAUGGUGCCAAGGAAGAGAAUGGGGAUGAGGUGUUCCCGUCCAAGAGCAAGGCCCCGGGGUCCCCGCCGCCCAGCGAGAAGCCAGUGGGGGAGCUGGGGUCCCAGGAGAAGCCUCCUCUGAGGAGGACGUCCAGCAGGACGGAGAAGCAGGAGGAGAAGGGCAGAGCCCCGGGGGAAGCCCAGCAUCACCAGGAGGCUGUGCGGGGCUCUGAAGAGGAGGCCGGCACCCGUCCAGCCAAGGAGGAGGCCGUUCAACCAGCCCCGGCCUCCAGCCCGGAGGCAGCGAACGGGUGCAGGAGCCCCGCGGAAGAAAAACCAGCCGGGGAACAGACAGGAAAGUCUGCAGAGGUGAAGGAGGAGAGGGCAGAAAAUGAAGAGGGUGAGCCCGGGCAGAGGAGCCAAGACACAAAGGGGCUGACGGAGGGAGCUGCGGGGGAGGCCCCACCGAGCCCCCCUGGAGGAGUGGAGGGCGGCCACAGCUUUGAGCAGGGGAGAGGCGAGGAAAAGGACGAAGAGGGGGCCGUUCUGGAGCCAGGCUGCGACCCCAGCGAUGAGGCCCCCAAGACAGAGGAUGACACUCCUGUCCAGGACACUAAAAUGUGAAGAGCUCCUUGUGCCUAGUGAUGCAGCUGCUGGAGACCUCUCUUUAGAAGUAGCAGCAAGAGUAGUAGCAGCAAAUGAAGCCAAAGGAGAAUUUCGUGGAGGGUCGGAGGCCGCCUGAAGACAGAGCGUGUUAUUUCCAGGUCUCCACGCUGAACGUCCCCUUGCAGACAGAUCCGGCAGAGGGCAGCAGCCUUGUAUCAGCCUGAGUUUGUGUCACUUACUGGACUUGGUUAAAAGCAGACAAACAAAAAUUAUUUAAAACAAUUUACUGUGGUGACAACUCCCAGGAAUACUGGUCAGCUGCGGGGCCUGAAUCCUAUCCACACCCACCUGUCCCUGCAGCUGACGUCGGAACUGGAUUCUGAUUUAGCUAAUCAGAUUUUGUUUGUGUAAAGUGAUACCCUUUUUACUGUUCUGACAAGUUGUUACGAUUCUCAGAUGUAAGUAAGAACAAAUUUCAGACCGGCUAGGAACAAAAGAAAAUAGUGUCGCUGGAGAUAUAAAUCCGAUAAGUUACAGAAGACCUUACGUUGUAUCAAGACCCGGAGACAACCUCUCAGCUUCAUCCAAAUUUGAACUGGCCAGCAAGUUUUUAAUCCUUGGACUGGAAAGAGAUACUUACCGCAACAUUAAAAAAAUAGGUAUCUGUUCCAUCCAGGGGGAGCUUUUACUUUUGGGUAGUUUUCUAGUUGUUGGUACACUGGGAGGUGACAGGCUUAGCGGUCCCUCUUCUGGCGGGGGGGGGGGGGGGGGGGGGGGGGGGCAGGGAGCAAACCUCAUGGAGAAGCAGAUGUCCAGAGGUUUCACGGCUCCGUGUGCUGCAUUUGCUGUGUGCAGAGCAAGGAGACCUUAACGAUGCCUGCCCUCUGGGCCUGGAGGGAUGAGAUUUGCACUUCCAGGAGGAGAUCUUGAGCAUGGAGUAGAUCUUUCCUGGGAGGUGCUUUGAGCAUCAUAUUUUGAAAGGUACAAAACUAGAACAUCCUUCCUAGAUUCCCUGGGAAGCUGCUCUGGAAUCAAAGCCCAGGCUCUCUUUCCAGACUCAGGAGGAGGGUUGGGUCUUCAGUCUUCUCACUGGGUAGCUUUCGCUUUAAUGUUCUUUGUGGAAAGUGCAGGGGCUUUGCAAGGAACGGGCCUGACUACCCGUUCCUUGACUAAUACCCUCCUCCCCUCUUGAUGCACUCGUGCCCAAAGAGGUCAAUCCACAUAAAUGUUUAAUCUUUAGGGUUGGUUCUUACUCAGAUUCGAGUAUUUCAGUGUCUCGUUGUGCUGAUGAGGUAGGUGGGCAGUUGUUUUUCUGGAGGCCUGUUAGACCACCUCCUACCCUGACUCAGAAAAUAGUCCUCCAGACAAAGGGCCUUAUGUCACUGCUGGUACCUCUAUGUUUUCAUCCUGUUACAGUUUUCCUAAUGCCAGAAUAGUGUUAAUACUUGGGAUAUAUAUUUUUUCAAAACUAUUUUUAAAUACAUGCGUCUUCUAAAACUUGUAACAUAGUCAAGCCCAAUAUUAGAAGUUUUAUGUUUUCGCAGAAUUUUGGAGAGAUGUGUGUUUCAGUUAAUUUGAGGUCUAUAUAAUGUAUAUCUGUCCAUCCAAUCAUCUAUCUAUCUAUCAUCAACAGAGAUGUAUACACCCCCCCCCCGCAAACGAUUAUAUAUGUCUUUGGGUUAUUUCUACACGCACGCAUAUUCAGACCAGAGUUUAGUGAAUGUGUGCAUGAUUAUGAGCAUGUGUGACAUAAAGGGGACAUCUGCCACUUUCCUUGACUUGAAAAAGGACUGGAACAGAAAGCAUGGGAUGUAGAUGUGAAGAUGAAACGAUUUUUUGUCUGGAGCGGCUACACCUUACAGCAGCAGGUGAGUAAGGAGCAAUACAAAAUGACAGGAAUGUGACACUGAAGGAGCAGGUGUGAUGGGGUCAGAAUACCUUUCUGUCUGCCUGGGUCCCUAUUAGUCACAUUCCUGAAUCUCUUUUGUGAGAAAACAGAGACCCUAUUCCCAGAGGUUGUCAUUAGUGAUGGGGGCUCUCAGCAGGGAGUUCACAAAGUGCAGGAACCUCAGAACCUCGGGUCCUGCCACAGGCUAGGCCAGCUGGUUAUCACUCUCCUUUCCCGAAACAACUCUGAUUAUGUGUUGCAUUUGCAGAUCUGGGAUCUCAAAGUUGAGGAUCAAAGGAAUCUAUGGCUGUCUUAGGUAGCUCCAGGUCCUUACCGGGCCAGGAAGAUUGUGUUUCCUUCGGGCUUCCCUAAUAGGCUUGAAAUAAAACACUGGUUCUUCACAGCUACAAGGCUAAAGAAAGGGGACAGAGUCCCUCCUCCUGUACCUUUGUCAUCCAGCUUGAAUUUUAAACUGUAUCCUUCCUUUCUCCAGAAACGGAGCAAGGAAAAAACCCCGGAUGCUUUGAAAGGAUAUGCCAGUGUUUAAUAGGGGGCUGUGACACUGUUUCAGUUGCAUGUGGAACCAGAUGACCACAAGAAGCCCCGGGGUCUGAGCCCUCCACUCUCCUCACUGAGGUCACCCUGAACCACGUUGGUUUGGGCCUGUGAUCAGUAGACUAGACAAUAAAUAUAUGUCCAGUAAAAGGAAGAAACUAGUGGACAGGCAAUCGGUUCAUCAUCUUCUUUUGAUUAAAUACUUUAGGGAGUGUAAUAGUUUAGUUGAAUGAAUGAGGACCUUCAGUUGCUAAUGAAAGAAGCCCAACUCAAAUUGGCUGAUGAAAAACAAAACUAUAUGAAUCAACCUCUCUCUCCCUCUCUCCCCCUGCCUUUCUCUCUCUCCCUACCUAUAUACUGAGUAACAUACAAAUCCAUGGAUAGGCCUAAAUACAACACUCAGUAUCAGAAACCUCUCAUUCUUGGUCUCUGCUUUCCUCUGUGUUGGCCAUAUUCCCAACCAGGCUCUUCACAGCCUGCAAACCAAUUGAGAAAAGCAGAUUCUUUUCUGAUAACGGGGGGGGGGGGAGGGGGGGAAUCCUGAAAAGGUUUUCUAUAGGCCCCUGUGGAUCACAUGUUCCUAGCUGAACCAGUCUUUGUGACCAAGGAGGUGCAGAGUUCAGAGUUCAGAUUGGCCAGGCCUGGGUCACAUGACACCACCACCCUGACCCCCUGCCAGGAGCUAAGGGUCAAUCCUGUGCAAUCGGCAAGGACUGUGAAUGGGAACAACAGAGCUCAAAUGGGGUGCUGUUACCAAAGGGAAUAAUGCUGGGUAGGCAAACGCACACACACGCACACAUGCGCACACACACGCCAGAUGCGUCCAACAGGGAAAUCCCAGAUACACCAAACUACUAUUCCAUUGUUUACUAAAGAAUUAAAUUUGUUUUAAUCAACUUGAUGCUCUAUGGACCAGGUAAAAAUAGUAUGAAUAGAAUGCUUCUAUAUGAUGUGUGACCAGAUGACUUCUGAAGAUACCAAGACCACUGAGCAAAAUGCAAGCGCUACUCAAAUAAAAUGGAAUUUCUUUUCAUAAGCCA